UCAGAUUCUCCUUAUAUUUGUGCAGAUUUAUACAGACUUUUGCCUGCGCGAGCGAAAUUUUUUUGGAUCACGGGUAGAUUUUUUUCAGAUUUCGAGCACAUUUUUCCGGUUUUUCCAGCAGUUGCAGACAUUUUUCAAAAACAUCUGGCAUCUCUGACUAGUUGGCUCCUGUAUCGACAUACGUUUCACGAGUAUGUUGCCGAUUUUUAUGCAGAAGUAUUACAUACUACUCUAUUGUACAAUUUGAAUAUGGACGUAAUUCUGUUGCUUGCCAUAGCUGUGGCACUACUUCUUAUUUUGUUGACAUUAUAUUAUUUUUCUAAAGAGAGGAAAGAGGCGAAAGCUGAACCACAACAAAACGAGCCUAAUGUACCACGGCGAGCACAGGUGAUUCGCAAUCAGCGAAACAGAACUAGAAUAGCCGAGCCACAAAGGCCACCAGCAAACGAGCCUAGGGACGACUCGGAUAAUGAAGAUGGUAUUCCAGUUGCUGCACAAGAUUAUAACAGCGAGAAAAUUGGAGCAAAAAAAAGGGCCAAGUUGGAAGCUAAGGCCGAGAAAAAAGCACAAAGGGAAGCAGAGUUGAAAAUAAGAGAAGAGCAGAAAAAACAGGAUGCGCUUUUGGAGGAAGAACGAAAACGAAUAGAAGAGAAGGAAGCGGAAGAAGAAAAAAGAAGAGAAGAAUCCGAACGGAAAGCUCGUGAAGAAAAAGAACGUAAAGAACAUGAAGAGUAUAUUAAAAUGAAAGAAGCGUUUUGUGUCGAAGAGGAAGGAUUUGACCAAGAGGAAGAAAAUGAUAAGCAAAACAUGCUUAAAGAGUUUAUAAAUUUCGUUAUGGAUAAUAAAGUUAUAGUUCUGGAAGAUUUAGCCGUCCGUUUCAAGCUCAAAACACAAUCAGCUAUUGAUAGGAUAGUUGAGCUUCAGAAAGAAGGACGACUAAGUGGUGUUAUAGAUGAUAGAGGGAAAUUUAUAUAUAUUUCUGAAGACGAGCUUCGUACGGUGGCAAAGUUUAUCAAACAACGCGGUCGUAUUUCCAUGAGCGAUUUAGCUGAAAAUAGCAGCAGUUUGAUAAAUUUAGUACCAGUUGUUACAAAUGCAGCACAAACUGUUUAAUUUCUCAAAUUCUGUCAAUAAAUUUUUUUUUU